AUGAGUUUUUAUCAACCAUCCCUAUCUCUUUAUGACGUUUUGAACGCAUUAUCCAACCAAACUGGCCAGAGAGGGCAGCAAGGAUAUCCUCGCCAACCACAAAGGCCACAGAGAUACCAUCCCCAUUAUGGACAAGUGCACGUUGGCGGGCAUCAUCCUCGUCAUCAUCCAUUGUAUAGCAGAUACAAUGGUGUUCCUAAUACCUAUUACUACCAGUUCCCUGGACAAGCCUAUUACUAUAGUCCUGAAUACGGUUAUGAUGACGAGGAUGGUGAAGAAGAGGACCAAGACGAAGAUAUGGUGGGUGACAGCGGCACUACAAGACAGGAAGAUGGUGGCGAGGACAGCAACUCGAGAAGAUAUCCAUCAUAUUACCAUUGUAAUACUGCCAGGAAUAAUAGGACCAACCAACAGGCAAACAGUUUAAACGACUUAUUAACCGCGUUAAUAGGUGUUCCACCAUAUGAAGGCACUGAACCAGAAAUUGAAGCAAAUACCGAACAGGAGGGCGAAAAGGGAGAAGAAAAGGAUAAGAAGGAUAAGUCUGAAGCACCCAAAGAGGAAGCUGGCGAAACCAACAAAGAAAAACCUUUGAAUCAGCUGGAGGAAUCGUCGAGACCACCAUUAGCCAAAAAAUCUUCAUCGUUCGCUCACCUACAAGCGCCUUCCCCAAUACCUGACCCGUUACAAGUAUCCAAGCCUGAAACGAGAAUGGACUUACCAUUUUCACCAGAAGUGAAUGUCUAUGAUACCGAGGACACUUACGUAGUUGUUCUUGCGUUACCAGGUGCUAACUCUAGGGCUUUCCACAUUGAUUACCAUCCAUCUUCUCAUGAGAUGCUCAUCAAGGGUAAGAUCGAAGACAGAGUGGGCAUUGAUGAAAAAUUCUUGAAGAUCACGGAACUAAAAUAUGGUGCGUUUGAGAGAACCGUUAAAUUCCCCGUGCUGCCACGCAUUAAGGACGAAGAAAUUAAAGCUACUUACAACAACGGUCUACUACAAAUUAAGGUGCCUAAAAUUGUCAAUGACACUGAAAAGCCGAAGCCAAAAAAGAGGAUCGCCAUUGAGGAAAUACCCGACGAAGAAUUGGAGUUUGAAGAAAAUCCCAACCCUACGGUAGAAAAUUGA